GGGCAGCUGCCGGCCACGCCGCCUCCGUAAACACUUGUUUAGGACUUGCUCGCCUCGCUGAGGCCGCGGCGCCGGGCAUGGAACCCCCGCCCGAGGAGCCCGAGCCCGAGGCGGAGCCCCAGUCCCAGUCCCUUCCUGAGGCCUUGACCGCUGCUCCGCUGCGCGCCCCAAAGGCGGCGCGGCUCCGCGAGGAGCAGGAAAAGGUGGUCACUAACUGCCAAGAGAAAAUCCAGCAUUGGGAGAAAGUAGACAGUGACUAUAGCGCUCUUCAAGAGAGACUGAGAACCUUGCCUGACAAGCUGUCCUACGACGUCAUGGUACCAUUUGGCCCUCUUGCCUUCAUGCCAGGAAAACUUGUCCACACUAAUGAAGUCACUGUUUUACUUGGGGACAACUGGUUUGCAAAGUGCUCGGCAAAACAGGCUGUAGGUUUAGUUGAGCACCGGAAAGAACAUGUAAGAAAAACAAUAGAUGAUUUAAAAAAAGUGUUGAAAAAUUUUGAAUCCAGAGUUGAAUUCACAGAAGACUUGCAGAAGAUGAGUGAUGCUGCAGGUGAUAUUGUUGACAUAAGAGAAGAAAUUAAAAGUGACUUUGAAUGUAAAGGAAAACAACGAAUUGCUCAUAAACCUCAUUCCAAACCAAAAACUUCAGAUGGUUUUGAAGCAGAUUUUGAAGAUGAUGUAAAACCCAAGGAUUUACUUGCUGAUGAGGAAUUAUGGGCUUGACUUGAAGAGCUAGAGAGACAAGAAGAAUUGCUGGGUGAACUUGAUAGUAAACCUGAUACUGUGAUUAUGAAUGGGGAAGACACAGGGUCUUCUGAGGAGGAAAAGGGAGCUAAUGGCACAGGCGUGAACACGGCGCCUGAGGUGACUGAUCCCCUCGCCUCUGGCAGCCAUGGUACGCAAGCUAGAAACGCAGGACUCCCUAAUGGUCAAGCCAGUCGCCAUUUGAACUGUUCAGUGAAUGGUUCAAAUUCUUACAGCAACGAAGAAGAUGAAGAAGAAGAUGAUGAUGGUGAUGAUGAUGAUGACGACGACGAUGAUGAAAGUGACCAUGCUAUUUCAGCAGAUAAUUCCGUACCAACAAUAUAUUUCUCUCAUACUGUUGAGCCUAAAAGGGUUCGAAUAAACACUGGGAAGAAUACCACUUUAAAAUUCAGUGAAAAGAAAGAGGAAGCCAAGCGGAAACGAAAGAACAGUGCUGGAAGCCAAGCUACCCAUGAGCUGCCUGCAAUCAGGAGCCCCACUGACAUUUACAGAGUCUUUGUGGAUGUUGUGAAUGGAGAGUAUGUCCCUCGGAAGUCGAUCCUGAAGUCUCACAGCAGAGAGAACAGUGCCUGCAGCGACACCAGUGAGAGCAGCGCAGCUGAUGUGGACGACAGGCACAGCGCUCUGAGAAGCCUCAGCGGUGAGGAGGCCGCAGGCACCGACGCCAGCAGGGGCAGUUUGGAAGAGCUGCAGGAAAAUCACCCCAAGAAGCCUUUGCCCUCAGGAGUGUCCGAGGCUUUCUCUGGAACUGUAAUAGAAAAAGAAUUCUCAUCCCCCUCCUUAGCACCACAUUCAGCCAUUGCUCAUCCUGCCCUACCCACUAUUCCAGAGCGAAAAGAAGUUCUACCAGAAGCAUCGGAAGAACCUGCAAAGAGGGUUUCAAAGUUCAAAGCUGCCAGAUUGCAGCAGAGAAACUAGAGAGGAGAUGGUCUUUACCUUCUGAGCUCAAGCUUCACUCUAGGACACACAGCAAAUUCAGCCCAUGGGGCUGGAAAGACACCCUGCUUCACGUGGCAAGAGUUCUCUCACCUUCAUCAGUGGCAUUUAAAACGUCACAGUAAAUGUUUGAAUACUGUAA